AUGGCUGCUCCCCUGCCUGCGGCGGGCUCUGGGUUGGGCUGGGGCCUGCAGACCCCCCGGCCCGGUUUAUUUCAGUCACUGCGGUCGAGCGCCGCGGGAGCCCCUGGCCGCCCGACAGGAGGCCGGUGCAGGCCGCGCUGGCCCUGCCCGCAGACGGGUAACCCGCUGUCUGUCACGGACACCGCGGGGGGCGGCGAGGCGGGGGGAGGCCGGCGCUGCAGUGGGGCAACAUGUUAUCCAAAAUGCAAAAAUGGUGGGGAGUGCCUCAGACCUGGAAAAUGCAGAUGUGCACCUGGCUAUGGAGGUAGAUACUGUCAUAAAGUAAGCUGUGAAGGAGGCUGUCAAAAUGGUGGGGAAUGCAUCUCUGUCAAUGGAGUUGUGAAGUGCCUUUGUGCUUCUGGCUGGACAGGAUCAAGAUGCCAAGAAGCAAUUUGUCCCCAAGGUUGUCGGAAUAAUGGAGCUUGUGUGGCUCCUGGGAUUUGUAGCUGUCCAGCUGGAUGGGUCGGUGGGGCAUGUCACUUAGCUGUAUGUAAACUACCUUGUCAACAUGGAGGAAAAUGCAUAGCUCCAAACGUGUGCAGAUGUCGACUGCCGUACUCUGGUCUACAGUGUACAAAGAAAAGGAAGGAAUGAAGCAACUUCAGCAAAGAUAAGCUGCAUUUUCUUCAUGUAACUCUUCAUACAGAGAUGAAGUCUGCAGCAGUGGGGGACCUUAAAACAAAUGUGGUAACUAAUUGAUUUCAGAUAGCCUUUUGUCUUCAGUAUAUUAAGUAAAUGCUUUUCUGUAUGAAAGAAAAGUAUUGCUGAUUGUAACAAAGCUGUUAAAAGUAUCCAAGUGUGUGUAGUGUAUGGCACACAUUUUCUUCUGUUCUCAUUUUUCUUCAUAAGCACAAGUAUUAUGUCUUGAUUGAUACAGCUGACCUUGAAAUAAAAUUUAGUCUUCAAAUAAA